AAACACUGUAUGACAAAUGCAAUUAUUACAUUGUCCAUGUCAGAGAUGCUUUUUCACAAAGCAUUGUGGGACUCUGGAUUGUGUAGAGCGUCAGGCUACAAGUAUCGUGCUCAAAAGCCAUGGUCAUGUAGGAUUACCAAAAAUGAAGUAUUACAGAGACAUGAAGUAAAAUCAGAAAAACUAUCAAAAAUUGUGCCAAGGGAAUGAUUUUCC